UCGUCCUGGAUGAAUUUUGUCCCACCACGGCUUCCGUAGUCCGAGUCACAUGAAUGAUUUGUUGUGAUCCUCCUGACUGAAAUACGCGAUUUAAAAACAUGUAGCUUCCUCACAUCCGCGUGUAUUCUCAACUAUAGACUCCUCAGCCGUGUUUAAUUCAUCUCAGUGAAGAACAAAUUUUAAAACGGUCCUUUAAGGAGAAAUAUGUAAACAGGUUUUAUUUAUUUGUCCUCACGUGCAUCACUAAAGAAGGGAGCCAUGUUUCGGUGGAUUCUUGGAGGUCGGGAGGCUCAGGGUUCAGUGGAGAAAAGCCCUGUGUUGUGCAUCGGAGAGGAACAGCCCAAAAACUGGUUCACUGAGCUGCAGGUGCUGAAAGGACAUUUUGACAUUGUUCGAUUUCUGGUGCAGAUUGAUGACUUCAGGUGUGCCUCGGCGGGAGAUGACGGCCUUGUGUUGGUGUGGAACGUGGAGACCGGAGAGCGGCUGCAGGAGCUGAGGGGACACUCCCAGCAAAUCACAGCCAUGACCACCUUCACCAGCAACAACGGCGUCCUGUCGCACACCUCGCUCAUCACAGCGUCCUCGGACAAGAGUCUGAGUCUGUGGGAUCCUGAUACAGGAAACAGAGUCCAGACCAUCUCAGACCUCCAGUCUUCUGUAAAGUGUCUGCUGGUGCUGGAGCGGCUGUGUGUGUGUGUGUCCGGCGGGGGAGAGCUGUGUGUGUGGAACAAAGACUUCCAGCUGCAGUGUCAGAGAGAGAACCACAGCGACACAGGAGUCACUGCUUUGAUUGAGCUUCCCAAGAACUGCAUGGCUGCUGCCAUGGACAAAACGAUCGUCAUCUACAGGCUGACGGUCUCCACUGACUCCUCCAUGUCCAUGUCUGAGGUCCGCUGUCUGUCAGACCACCAGGACCAGAUCCGAGCUCUGAUCAACGUCAACGACGGACUCUUUGCCAGCGGUUCCCACGCAGGCGAGUUAAUAUUAUGGGAUGCGAUUGACUGGAACAUCCUGGCCUAUGAGCACAUCCUGUGGGAGGAGUCACAGUCCCCCACUCAGGCUGAAAUACGAUUGGCCGCUCCCAAACCCAGCGAGAUGUCCAUCCAGCACCUGACCACCAACGGGAAGCUCAUCCUGGCGGCGGUGGGCAGCGGUCUGUACGUCUACAGCAUCGUGACGAAGAUGGUGGUGGCCUACAGGAAGGUCGCUCAUGACUCUAAUGUUUUACACACCAUGCUGUUAUCUGACAGCGAGCUCAUGUCCUGCUCUGAAGACGGCAGCGUGAGGAUGUGGGAGAUCCAGGACCUGCCUUUACCUGCUGAACCAACCUCUCCAGGCUUCUUUGGGAUGUGGACUUUCGGUCGGUCUAACAAACAGUCUGGUCCUUCAUCAAAGAAAGUCCUGGAGGUCCCGCACAUCCGGACUCUGGAGCUGACCGGGGAUCUGAUCGGACACUCUGGAGCAGUGCAGAUGUUCGUGAACUUCAAGGAGAACGGCCUGGUCACCUGCUCCACAGACCACCUGCUCAUUCUGUGGAAGAACGGAGAGAGACAGUCCCACCUGCGCAGUCUGGCACUUUUCCAGAAACUGGAGGAGAACGGAGGACUCUGACCCGACCUCUGACCUUUGAACCCCUUGAGUUACUGCCUUAAGAACAACAGGAGAUGUAAGGUUGUGGGUCGAUGAUUUGAACUUGCUGUAAUGAUCGUUGUCUGCACUUUGUGAUGAUGUGAUUGGUUGUUGUUUUGCCUUAUGACUGAAAACAAGUGUUUAACUUACACUCAGUAAAUACCUCAA